CAGCACAGCACACCGCAGCACAGCACACCACAGCACCGUCACCCUACCCGGCACGCUGACAGUUCUCUUGACCCUGCAGCCCUCAGACGCUACCAGCAAGGCCUAUAGAGCAUUUCCGGUCCGCAUCCCUCCAAAGUGCAGAGGAAAACACACAACCACUUCCUACAAGAUCUUUGGUUUAUUGGAGUGGAAUAAGACUGAAGGAAGUGGAUGUGGAGUGUGGAAGAGUAGUAAGGAGUGGUCUUGCUCCCAUUUUGCUACUUCUGCUGCCCGUCAAGUACCUUCUUUUAUUUUCUGGCACUAGUCCUCCGCAACACCUGCUGGGACUGUGCCACUCUCCCCUCCACCCAGCCCGCCUUCUCCCUAUCUGCUAAGUUUUCUGCUGGGGUCGUGUGACGUUCCCCCUUCCACCCUCCUCAAGCGCUCACCUGCAAGACUCAUUUGCCGCCGCUAACUGCACCUCCCGCUGUGCCCCCCACCUGGCCGGCCCGACACCUGUGCCGGGAGAGAACGUAACCUGCCUCAUAACAAGUCUCAGGUUCCGCCUGGCGCCCCGAGAGGCAAGACACCCCGGAGUGGGAACGGUGACCAAAAACAACUGGAGGAGGUACUGUGAUGCCCGGCCUAGGAAUACUGUGAACCCCAGCAGUGUGAACAUCCCGGGAAACACUAAGUGUCCAUACAAACUGUGACCACCACACGAAAAGUGUGAGCCCUGCAGAACGCGGCGACUAAACCAGAGAACACACCAGUGGUUACUCCAUCGACCUUGAAGGAACUCGGAAGUGGCAGGAGGCCACAGAUGCACCUUACCUGGCGGUCGCAAGCUGACCGCCGCCUGUCCCGGUGUGCGUGCCCGCUGUCCACUGCCAGGGAGGAACAAAGUCUGCCGUGGUGAAAUUGGUGACACAUUAAGACGGCAAUUAAUAAAUGUUGACGAAAUAUUCGGAAAAAUUCCACGAGAAGGCUUUGACCACACGACGGCCGGAGCUGGCAGCCUCCCGCAGAUCCGCCAUGUAACAGCCCGGGGCCCGUCCCCGUGCGCCCCCCUGCCCCCGCCCCGCCCCUCCACCACAGCCACCAUAGAACACCUCACCACCUUGGGAGAGCGGCAGGAAGCAAAACGCGACAGGGCUGACCAGCAGCAGGAGCCAGACAGAGGGUCGCCCGGAGGAGCCGCCCUUCCCCACCGAACCAUGACCCCGGACUGUCCCAUGUCCCCCGGUGAACAGGACUCCCCGGACCUGAUAUGCAAAUGGGCCGGGUGUGGAUUGAGCUUCGAGACCCUGGAUGACCUGGUCUCACACCUGACAGCGGCGCACGUCACCUCGCAGCACGGCGCCUUCUUCUGCUUCUGGCACGGCUGCUCCCGGACCAAGGGAUUCAACGCCAGGUACAAGAUGCUCAUCCACAUACGGACGCACACCAACGAGCGGCCGUACGUCUGCAGCCAGUGUGAGAAGCGGUUUAGUAGGCAGGAGAACCUUCGCAUCCACGCCCGCACGCACACAGGUGAGAAGCCCUACGUGUGCACGGUGCCCGGCUGCGGCAAGGCGUACUCCAACUCCUCGGACCGCUUCAAGCACACACGCACACACUUCGUCGACAAGCCGUACGAGUGCCGCCACCCAGGCUGCGGCAAGCGCUACACCGACCCCUCCUCCCUCCGCAAGCACGUCAAGAUCUACGGCCACUACCGCCGCACCGAGGACCAGGGCGUGCCCUCCACCACCGCCUCGGACCUGCUCGACCCCUCCAUGGCGUCCUCCGCCAGCAGGUUGGAUCUCUCGCCCUCCCCUUCUUCCUCUGGAUCGUCGCUGGUGCCCUCCCCGGUGCCCUACUCGCCCUCACCCUCCCUCCUGCCGUCCAAUCUCUUCAGUGGUUCUCCCGCGGGGGCGGGAGUGGGCAUGGGCGCCGCAGGGCUGUCCCCGUGGGGAUCUGUCGCGUGGACGGUGGCGCUGCAGCAGUACCAGGCAGGGCUGUUGCUGCAGGGCAGUGCGGGGCUGGCAGGGCUGGGUGGGGGCUUCCCUCCACACCCCAGCAGCAUGGCGGAAGAAGAGGAAGAGGACGACGAUGACGAUGAGGAGGUGAGGAUGGACUCCGCCGCCGCCCUGGACCUGUCCAUGUGUCCCUCGCCGCUGGACCUGUCCCUCCCUUCCUCCCGCGCCAAGCACCAAUAAUGUCCCAGCAGUGCCAUCCGAUACUGCCAAGGCGACGCCAGGUGCCAAAUGGGUUGUAACCAGAGCCCCCUCUCCGUGCCUCAGGUUCCUCGCCCCCCGCCGGGCGGCAGUGCAGCCUCGGCAGCCGCGUCGGCGCUAACUUGAGGGACCCAAUACUCGCCGCCUUCCAUCCUGUCGCCUUCUCAGUGCCUUCAGAGUGUCUUAGUCCGCUGUCUGUGAUAACAGGAGUCGGCCAGCCCUACGACGCCACCCGCAGCACCUCCCACGUUACCUCGUGCCUUGACCUGGUGUUACGCCUCCGCCAGGGAGCGUUGAGUGUUGCGCCGUGGCCUUGAAUGGCUAAGGAACACCCGUCUGUCUACCUCUCAGCCUUAACCGACGCGCAUUGUUAAUAUUUCCUGUCUUCCCUCUCGACAGACGCAGGCGUGGCCUCACCGGCCACAAACGUGUCUUCACCUGCGUCUCUCGGCAGUAUUCCUCUUCGCCGUUCCCGGCAUAGAUCUGUACAUAGUGACCUCAAAUAAUCGUCCAAAAAUACUCUAGGUAGAUGCAACAAUGUGAUAGUAAAUGUCCUCCCUCCGUGCAUACGGCCGCCCAGCGCGAGACAGCGGGGAAAGAGCCUCAGCCUACUCCCCGCCGCCGCCGCCGCGGGGGCAGCGAGGUGGCGGGGUGGCGUGUGGGGCCUGGCCCGCAUCAAAGCCGUGCAAGCGCCUUUACAGGACUCCUGUGUUUAAUUCUAGAUGGUCUGUACUCUGCACUUUACAAUGUGACCUCUACGACAGGAGUAGAGCAAAGAUCUAUUAAUAAUUAAGUUAAUUGUUAAGUUUUGAUAUUCAUUGGAGAAGAAUGUAAAACAAAAUUAAUUUAUGUUCUUAGUGCCCAAAAGCAUUGGGAAGUGUUCGGCGUGUCCUUGAGGCUUCCCGAGUGAGGCCUCGGCAAUGACACGGGCAGAGCAAUGUCAAAGUGGUUAGUGAGCGCUGUGGUGCAGCACCGGGUGCUGCGGCAGCCCCACCAGGGCCGGGAGCCUCCCGCCGCGCCGCCUGGAGUUGUGAAUUUUGCCAAGAUUCGAUCAAUUAUGCUGCGCGGUGCAUCCCACCACGCACGCAGCGCGGACAGGCUCAGACCAUCCUAACAGGAACUAAUAAAGAUUUCUUUCGAAAUUUAUUUUGUUUCCGAACUAAACUGCCAGAAAUAAUCAUACAUAGCACUGUAUCCAUAUCAUUGCGACAGCUUAUCGAAGAGUGCAGUUCACAACUUCAAGUAAUAUACCUGUAAAAUAAACAAAACUCUAUAUAAAUAUAUUGUAGUAAUUUAACACAACGCGAGGGCUCUUCCCUGGUGGUCCUCUCAACAGUAUUAUAGUCACCCACCUCUCGGGUGCUCCUGCUGCUUCUACUGCUGCUGCUGCUGCUGCUGAAUAUAUCAAACUCCACAACAUUACUAUUAGACCCGCGGCAGCAGUAGUGCCUCCCAAAGUUACGGUGUAGUUAUCCCUCAAAACUUCCCACUCGGCGCAUCCAUUUUCUGCCAGACGCUGUAGUACCUGAGCUUCACCAUAUUUCAGGUGUAACACGACGAAAAUAGAUGGCCAUUAUUGUGUCCUUAAUUCCCCGGUGGCCGAUUAACCCUAUACUUAGCUAAACACUGCGCUCUUUGCCACCUCAUUACCGCAGCUAACGCGCGGGCGGGGCAGCAGCUGGGCACCUCUGCAAGCCUCACACCGGCUAUUGGAGGUGGUUGGCGCCUAUAUUUAUCGCCUUCUUUGUAUUACUCUCCAGUAUAUAAUGUUUAUAGAGUCUGUAUGUACGUACCAGUAUAGUGUGGCGAGGGCCGGAGACUGGCUGGCGGGGAACUGAUCGAGUGUGUGUGUGUGUGUGUGUGUGUGUGUGUGUGUGUGUGUGUGUGUGUGUGUGUGUGUGUGUGUGAGUGUGUGUCAGCCCAUCCUCGCAGUCAUCGUCCUGGUGGUCUAGUCAUUAGAACUUUUAUACUGCUUUCAAUAAACUCUUAUCAUGA